AUGUUUCUGGCUCAGAUCGCCGGAUUACUUUGCUUGCUGGGGGGAGUUGAUAGCUUGAAGCUUGACAAGGGCCGAAGCUCGGUUCGUCUCAACCAAGGGAGGAGGUUUGCGGCCAAUUCUACCUGCCCUACGGACUACACGACGUACGCCAGCUUCGGUCAUGCUCCAUAUUCGGCGGGCAAAUACCAUUUGCCCUAUCAGCGUCCUCCACCGGAAUGCCGCACUUUCGUGUCCGAGGCUGUCGAAGACACUAUCCAGCAAAUGAAGACGAUCAUAGCCGACCCGGACCUCUACCGGCUGUUUGAAAACAGUUACCCAAAUACGCUGGACACGACGGUCAAGUGGAAAGGCAAGGUGAAAAACUCGGAUGAGGAGCUCACGUUCAUCAUCACUGGAGACAUUGAUGCGAUGUGGAUUCGCGACUCGACUUCUCAGUUGCAUUCCUACUUGCCUUUUCUCAAAAAUGCGACAUCUCGAGACUCUUUUGCCUCCCUUUACCGCGGGCUGAUCAACCUUCAAUCUCGGUUUCUCCUCGAAGCACCAUACUGUAACGCAUUUCAGGCACCUUUGGAGUCGGGUCUUCCCCCGGCGAACAAUUCAGGCGCCUCGGCCCAAACUACCGUGACUCCGACACCCAACAACAACACGGUUUUUGAAUGCAAAUAUGAGCUCGACUCAAUUGCGAGUUUCCUCCAAGUGUCCUCCGAGUAUUUCGAAGCCACUCAUGAUACCAAAUUUUUCACAAAAUACAAAUGGGUCGACACUCUGGAAGCCGUCUUGAAGGUUAUUGAAGAUCAAACCUAUCCAACAUACUCAGCAAAUGGUUCAGUCGUCAUCGCACCAUACACGUUCUCGGCAUUCACGGAUCGUUCCACCGAAACACUCAGCAACAACGCCUAUGGUAAUCCUGUUGAGGGAGGCACCGGUCUCGUACGCUCAACCUUCCGACCGUCCGAUGAUGCAUGCAUCUACGAACUCUUCAUUCCGGCCAAUAUGAUGCUGGCCGCGAAAUUGAAGGCCGCCAUUCCCAUCAUCAAGUCUAUCGGCAAUCAUGAAAACUUGGUCCGUAUAAUGCAAAAUCGGGUUGCCCUGAUCCAGGACGGCAUCCGUACCAAAGCCGUUACUGCUGAAGGUGUCUUUGCCUUCGAGAUUGACGGCUUCGGUGGCGUCAACUCUAUGGAUGACGCGUCAGUGCCCAGCUUGCUCUCCGCUCCUUAUAAUGGUUACCUCUCUCGCAAUGACCCCAUCUACCAAGCAAGUCGGAGAAAGAUUCUCAGCCCCAAAAAUCCAUACUACAUGCAGGGACCUGUGAUCAAUUCGGUGGGCAGUCCCCACAUUGGGCCUGGAUGGGGCUGGCCAAUGGCGACGAUCAUGCAGAUUCUUACCAGUGAUGACGAUGAGGAAAUCACCCAUUGUCUGGAAACUCUGGUUAGCAGCACCAACGGCCUUGGACUAAUUCACGAAUCUAUAUUCACAUUUAAUGAAACCGACUUUACUCGGCCUUGGUUCGCGUGGGUCAACGGCCUGUUCGGCGAGAUGAUACUCGAUUUGAACACGCGCAAGCCACACCUUCUCAAAAAGAGCUUCCAGUAA